AUGCGAAACAUAUACACGCGGGGUGAUCUUAAACUCGUCUCAACCCUGCGCCAGUCAGGCGUCGUUGUCGUCAACAUGGCACCGCAAACCAAAACCACGCACAUAUUCAAUGGACGCAUCGUCGACCCGUCCACCGGCGAAUGCCCACAUAUCCUUGACAGCAACUGGACGCCAUUCACUGAGCUCGAAACCGCACAUUUCUUCCACACCUUUAUCUCAGCCACACCCGAAGCAUACACAGUGACAGUGAGGCUGCCGGCGUGUGUUUCGCGGUAUAUUCGCGUGCAAAAGCACAACAAGGUAUUGGCUGUUGUUGCAAAGGCGGUGGCGCGCAGGCGGUGGACGGAUGCCCGGGAGGGCGUCCAUGUGCACGAGCAGUGGAGGGUGUACUGGAGAGUGUUUUACUUGCCGAAGCAGUGCGAUGCCGGCGGAAUCAGUGCGUGGUAUGGGAGUGAUUCCAUGCGCGUGGUGGUGCCACGCCGCGCCGGGAUGCUGUACCGUGCGAUCAAUUGGAUCGAAGAGCGCCUGUGGAUGCGCAGGUCACGUACGGUCAAUACAAUAUAA